ACCAUCUCUCUUUCAUUAUAUACCCCAAAGUUAAAUUAUCUUAAAAACACAAAAUAAAUAAGAUGAAAUAGAGAGAAGAUCCAAAUCUCUCUAUCUCAUCGGUAAAAUCUAUAAAAAAAAACCAAAAAAAAAAAACCCAAAAAAACAUAUAUCCAAAGAAUCUCUACAACAAAACAAUGCUCUGCUAUGUCGGUAAAGCCACCAAGAUUUUCAUUUUCAUCGUCACCGUCGCCGUCGUCAUUGGUCUCGUAGUAGUUUUCGGUGUUCUCCGCCGUCACUCUCACCAUUGCUCCGGUGACUAUUGCUCACCCUCUUCAACCGAUCCUUCUUCUUCUUCCUCUCCCUUUAUAACUCCAUUCCCAAACCCAAACCCAAACCCGAACCCGAACACCCCUGUUCUCGGAUCUUCACCUCCCACUCCACCAGAUUCAUCAUCAACACCAAACCCAUCUACUCCGAUUCCUCCAAAUCCGCCCUCACCGAUCGUAACAAACCCUCCUCCUCCGUCCACACCUAAUCCGAAUCCGAAUCCUCCGCAGCAAUUCUCACCUCCUCCGCCGGAUUCUGAAUCAACCACCUCUCCUCCUCCGCCUACGACGGAAACAGCAAUCCCACCACCGCCUCCUUCGCCAGUCUCGGCAUCUCCGCCGUUAACUCCGCCGAGCUCCGUCGUCAACACUCCUGCUCCUGUGCAUGCUAAACUGGUCAACGACUAAAAAAACCAAACCUUUUUGUAAAUUUCCGACAAUUUUUUUUUGUUACUUUCACUUUCUCAGUUUCUUGAACUUUGAUUCGUUUGUUUCUUAUUUUUCUAAUUUUUUAGAUUCUCUAAUCUUUAAUCUUUAAAUCAAAUUCAAAAACUUUAUUUUCAAUAUUCAUUAAUCUUAUGUUACACUUCACUA